CCUGAAACGUCUUGUAUGAAGGGAACCUCUGUUCAUAUUAAGAAUAUGUAAACAAAACAGCUCUGUAAUAGUAAGGGUAGAGAUUUUGCUGCGGCUUUCCGGGCCCGAAAAGUUUCCGGGACUUUCGAGAAACGGGCCCCUGCCCUCACUCCCUCGGACGUUUUGAAAAAUUUCGGACAGAGCGCCACGUAUUUAGUCUCCAAUCCCUUUCAGUUACAAUGUAACAGUCACACAACAUUUGAUCAACAUGGCGGCCACAACAAGAUCACUAUUACGGCCCUUACGGUUCAAAUUAUUUUACCUUUUACAUAUUUUGUUAUUUGCUGGUAUGAGUAUAGCAGAAUUUGAGGUUCUUGAUGAAUACUCUCUUACAAAUAUCACUGCAUCAGUCAGGAGUGCCUGUGUAUUAGUUGCUUUGCAGCCCACGUGUGAGCUUACCUCGAUUCUUCACAAACUUUCGCAGGCUUUUAAGAAUGAAAGUAGUGCAAGCAUUGGAGUAUUAAAACAGUCUGAUGGUAGCUCGAUCACCUGGGAAAAUAGCAGGAGUCUAGAUAUGGUUGAUCAAGAAGAUCUAGCGUUUUUUCCGCCCAAAUUGGUGGACAGAACUUGCCUCAUCCAACCAAGUUGGCAAAAACGACCCAAAGCUGAACGUUACUACGGAUCAAGAACUCUUCAAGAAUUGCUUGCAUUUAUUAACGCCAAAUGCGGUACUUUCAGGCAGUUGGAUGGAAGUUUAUCCUCUGCUGGUUUAGCAAGGAAAAGAAUAAUAGAUAAUUUGUAUCGGGUCCCAAACAGUGACGGUCCGAACCAUGCCUCAUAUUCUGGACCUGUCAACAUUGGCUCCACAUGUGAGAGAAUUCCCUUACCUUCCAAAGAAAAAUUUUUCCAUGAAUAUUUCUUUCGAUCAAAACCAGUAGUGAUCACAGGUGCAUUAAAAAACUGGCCUGCGAUGAAAAAGUGGACGACAGAAUUUCUAACAACAAAGUUUGGUGACAAGAUGGUACGAGUAGCAUUCGCCCCUUAUGGUGAAUAUGAGGGAUGCGAAAAGGCUCAUGACUUUGAAGACUUUAAAGAUUUCAAGUUUCCUGAUGUGGUCAAAUCGCAGUUACCAUUUCCAGAUUUAGUGGUGGUUCGUCCUGCAUUUCUGGAAAUUCCUUUCUCUACAUUUAUGAGCAUUUUGCAGUCAUCCAAUGACAGUAACAUUUCUGCUUAUCUAGAAUACUCUUCUAUACCUAGUUUACUACCAGAACUUGAGCAGGACAUCAAAGAGAUGCCUUUUCUUUCUGGGGAAUUAAAACGACGACAUCUUAAUAUUUGGCUUAGCAAUGGAAAUACAUUGGGCAAGCUGCAUUUUGAUCCCUUUGACAACUUUCUAUGUCAGAUCAGUGGAAAAAAACAAUUAUUUAUUUAUGAGCCACAUGACAACACAAAACUAUAUGAAGCACACAUCCAGGAAGCUACACUAGACUACAAUGCAGCCAGCAGAAAGUUCCGCCGCAAAAAACUACUGGAAAGUACAUCAAUGGUCAUGUCUCCAGUUGACAUUCUUAAUCCAGAUUACCGCAGAUUUCCAAAGUUUAAGGAGGCACGUGCCUUGAAUUGUACAAUCAAUGAAGGUGAUGUCUUGUUUAUGCCUUCAUUCUGGUGGCACGAGGUCCAAUCAUAUCCCAGUAGGGAAGAACCAAGGAAUGUGGCUGUGAAUUUCUGGUAUGAACCAUUUUUGACAAAGGAGUUUCCUUGUGCCACAUGCAAGAUGGAUGUGAAUUCUUUUUACCAUCACAUGUUGGACCCAUGAUAAUUAUACUGUUCUAUAAACAUGUAGGAAUGGUUAAUCAAUAGGCCAUAUAUUUGUAUUCUCGGGAUUGAACUGGAAUUAGCUUGCAAUAGAGGCUUAUGUGGGGGAAUAUCACUAAAUAGAGCCGACAUUAGCCUCAGUUGCAAGCUAGUUUCAGUCCAGUAAGGUAAAGGUAAAGUCUGUAUACGAGCCAAGUGGC